CAAAUUAGUAACUAAACGGCUUAUGAGAGUAGUUUUAGUGGUGUUGCUUAUCAAAAUCGAAGAAAUGGUCGUAAUGGAGGGUUCUUUAAGUAAAUGGACGAACGUGAUGAAGGGUUGGCAGUAUAGAUGGUUCGUACUCGAUGACAACUCCGGCCUUUUAACAUAUUACACAUCCAAAGAAAAAAUGAUGCGUGGCGCCCGCCGAGGCUGUGUCCGACUCAAAGGUGCCGUUAUCGGUAUAGACGACGAGGAUGACAGUACCUUCACCAUCACAGUCGAUCACAAAACGUUUCAUUUCCAAGCACGAGAUGCUGAAGAAAGAGAAAAAUGGGUGCGGGCCCUCGAAGACACGAUAUUCAGACACGGCAAUCGCACUUUGUGGGACAAUCAUCGGCCACCCCCAACCAUUAAAGACUUUGAUAAUAAAGUGUCAGAAGCAGAUGCAUAUCUACAGUUAAUGAUUGAUCAAACUAAGAAUCUUGAAGAAAGGAUCAAGUCAAUGACGGACGGCGAUGAUAAAGUCAAGUGCCAAGUGAUCCUAGAACAUGCAAAUGCGAUGCUCGACAAUAUCAAACACUCAAUAGUACUCCUCCAAAUAGCAAAGAACACAGCACAUCCUAUUAACGGUAUUUAUCAACCAAGGCCAGGUACUUCCACAACUAACAUAUCCACAAAUAUGGGAGAAGUGAAUAACGUGGCUGGUACUGUCGUCCAACAAGGCAUCGAACUGGGUUCAGAGUGCAUCGAAAGUGGAAGAAGGCACAGCCGGACCUUGGAAUUGGUGCAUCCAAGUGCGGCGGCAAGUCUUGCCGUUCCCCCCAUGUCCUACUCGAGUUCAGAGGGUGAGGAAGACUUCUAUGACGCCAACGAUUCACCCUUCACGCCAGGAAGUCAGCAGACGCCCACUAGUUUGAGAUCUUUUGAUGAUGAGACCCAAGCGGCGUUGUCUAUUAGCAAUAAACAAACCAUUCAGUCGAAUAACUCGAGGACGCCGUCCGUAAGACAGGAUAGCACUACUUUAUCAACGACCACCGGCAAUCUCGACUAUGAUGCCCUAUAUGAGGAGGAUGAUGACCAAGACGUAGAGAUGGAAAGUCACGGUUCUGUCAUUCGUCAUCUUUUGUCCCAAGUGAAAAUCGGAAUGGACCUGACGAAAGUGGUCCUUCCCACAUUCAUCCUAGAAAGGCGUUCGUUGUUAGAAAUGUAUGCUGAUUAUUUUGCUCAUCCCGACUUGUUUGUAAAUAUAGCGGAACUGAAAGAUCCCAAAGAUCGGAUGGUACAGGUGGUCAAAUGGUACUUAUCGUCGUACCAUGCCGGACGGAAAAGUACCGUGGCUCGAAAACCCUACAAUCCGAUUUUGGGCGAGGUAUUCAAGUGUCACUGGGAGAUCCCAGGUGAUACAGAAGACAAAGAAGAGGGGGUUGUUUCCGACGGUCCCGUGCCAUGGUGCAAAAGAAACCAACUGUCGUUUAUAGCGGAACAAGUAUCGCAUCAUCCACCUAUAUCCGCAUUUUAUGCGGAACACUACAAUAAACGCAUCUCUUUCAACGCUCACGUGUAUACAAAGUCAAAGUUUUUGGGUUUGUCCGUAUGCGUAUAUAACAUAGGACAGGGUAUAGUUUCAGUCUUAGACUACGACGAAGAGUACGUGGUAACAUUCCCCAACGGUUACGGACGCUCUAUUUUAACAGUUCCUUGGAUAGAAUUGGGAGGCACGGUCACCAUAACUUGCCAGAAAACCGGUUAUUACUGUAAUAUCGAGUUUAUAACCAAACCGUUCUACGGCAACAAGAAACAUAAAAUAAACGCUGACGUCUUCGGGCCAGACGAUAAAAAGCCGUUUUUGUCAAUUAACGGCGAAUGGAACGGAGUAAUGGAAGCCAAAUGGUCUGAUAAGGACACUGAACAAUUCAUCGACGUAAAUGCCCUUGAAAUAAUUAAGAAAAAAGUGAAACCUAUCAGCCAGCAGGAAAUAAAUGAGUCACGCAGACUAUGGAAGGAGGUAACAGCCGGCCUUAAGUUUAACGAUAUAGAUAAAGCAACGACGGCUAAACAAACGCUGGAGCAGAAACAAAGAGACGAGGCUAAAGACAGGAAAGAGGCGGGGGUUGAAUGGCGAACAAAGUUGUUCCAUAAAUGUUCGGAAGACGGAUGGAUGUAUACAAUGCCGCUGCGGCAAAGGCUGCAAAAAACAUCGAAUACUUGAACAUGAACGGUCUUAUGAUUGAUAAUUAUUGUGCUUUUCUGAACUGUUCUAUGAACUGUCUUGUCUGAUGAAUUAUUUUUUCAGGAUUAUUAUAGUGAACUGUGAUACAUUAUCAUGAAAAGUGUACGUAUUGUAAAAUUUUUAGUAUUAUACAGCUGCCGGACAGCAUUUAUUUUCGUGAUGAAGCAAUUUAUAUAAGUUAAAUAUUCCAUUUUUAUUUAAAUUGGAUGUACACGUUUGGUUGAAUUAACUUGAGUUUUUUACGCGAACAAUUUUGUUGUAGUUUUUUUUUUUUCUAAAUUUUAUGUGACUCGCCUGUGAAGGGUAACUGGUAGUACAAUCAGAUCAUAUUUGUAUGUAACUUACUUCCAAGUUGAACUCCUUUAAAUAAAUGAUAAACACAUAUCAUCCUAUUAAA